AAGUCAGUCUCUCCCUGAUUCUCAGCCUGAUAACUUCAAGUAUAACUAAGCUCCGUAAAAAAAAUGAUUUUCUUACAAUUCUUGUGGGCUCUGUUGGUAUUCAGUAGUCCUGGCUCCACCUUAGGAGCCAUGGACGUGCAGCAGCAGAACGGCAAUCAGGUCAGCCAGCAGCUGCAAAGCUUUAAUCAAGCUGCGGAUCAGGCAGGUUCCAAAUUGCACGACCUGUGGUCCUCCUACGGCGUCCUGCCGGAAUUCGAAAGCCAAAUGGAACAGCCAAGAGAACGACGCAAUGCACUUAACCAUAUGCUGACCAACUUUGCCCAAUCGCCUGCGGAAGGAUCGAAGGAUGGACGGAAUUGGCAGGCAGAGGCAGAUGCCUGGUACCAACACAAAAUGCGUAUGAGGGAGAAAGGUAAGCAGAAGCAAUUCGAAGAUGAACUCGACAACCAGAAGGGACAGCCAAGGAAACGAAGCAAUGCGCUUGACAAUAUGCUGAACAACUGUGCCCCAUCGCCGGUAGAAGGAUCAAAGGAUAGUCGGAAUUGGCAGGCGGAGGCAGACGCCUGGUACGAAAGUCUCCAGGUGCAAAUAGCCAAGAGAGACGCCAAUAAAAAGCGUACUAUUGUUAAGCAGGAGCCAUCUUGGAUGGAUAAGCUGUCUAAGGAAGAGAUGCGGCGUUAUCAGGCGGAUGCAGAUGCCUGGUAUCUUGACUGGAUGGCUCACAAAGCCAAAAAGCGCUCUGGCGGUAAGCGAUCACCGGACCAGAAGGAGAAUAAGCGAGCUGUCGACCAGCAUGAGGCAGUACAGAGCAGCGAGACGGGCAAGGCCAAGCUUAAGAAGGCUUCCGAAGAAGCCAAGGAGGAAGACGUAGCCUUCCAAGAUAAUGUAAAGCUUAAGCAAAAGCCGCAGACCGUCGGCCAGCAGGAGAACCAGAACCGAGUUAAGGUCAAGGAUAAGAUCGAUGAACAGCUUCAGGAGUUACUCAACUCUAGGAAUGCCCUGUCGCCUGCAGGCGGCUAUGAGAGCAGCCCCAACUACCAGACCUCCGCUCAGGCCAAGUCGCACAAGCUGGACCACGAGGCCAACUACAAGCUCUCCAAAAUCGAGCAGGAGGCCUCCGAAAAGUUAUCGAAGCUCCCAAGAGCCGUCAGCCAGGACAUUAAUAAUUACGAACAGAAGCAACGCAGAUCUUCGGGUGUUUGUGAUCCAAUGGAGGAAGUAAGGUUAAAGACCAGCUCUCGCCUGAUAGCCAAGGGUCUCGGUCCCCUGCUGCCCAGCGAGUCCUUGGAAAUUACUCGCGGAAGGAAACUUGAGGAAUGGCAGAAUAAUCAGAUGGCUGAUCCUACUUACGUAAAAGGCAAGGAAUAUUAUAGAUUUAAAAAUCUUGAGCCGCAAAACGACAACUUUGAUUACAGCUCCGCCAUGGAUGCGGACUUGUCCCAAAGCUUCGACUACAGGAUGCCCCAGUGCGAUCGCUUAUAUUCCUUUGAUCAGCGGAAAAGACCGAAUGUCCUAGACUACGACAGGACCAAACGCAAGCCGAAAGAUUUGGACAUCAAAAGUGAGUCAAGCUUAGGGGACUCCAUCCAUGUUGCUCUGUCCAAGUCUGGCCAAGAUUCAUCGCUUAAACAAGCUGUCGGAGAGCCAUCUCAGGUGAACGCCAAAUGGGCUAGAUCUCCCUUGGAAGGAGAGGAUUAUCAGAGAGCUUUGCAGCACAACAAGGCGAUUAAUAAGGAGUCCAAGGAUAUGAUGCAGAAGUUGCAGCAGGAUUCAGGUUUACAUGGUGUUGCCUUGACCAAAUCCGUUAGCAAACUACAGCCGUCACCUGUCAAAGAGAGUGCCGAGUGGAAAUUAAAGGCCGAUUCCAAGGCGGUGGCCCCCACCAUGAACAAUCAGGAAACCCGAGCUCGCCGCUUUCCCCGGGGGACUAGGAGGGUAAAGAGAUCAUUGGAGAAGCAGCAGCAACAUGUAGCGGCCAAGCGUAGGGCUCAACUGCUCGACGAUUUCAAGGAUCACAAUCGGGUGAGCUUCGGGGUCUUGGGCAAUGGAUUGCAGACACCUCAAGCCAAGGAGCUGGGAGAAGGGUUCCUCUCCCUCCCAGGCCAUGAAAUAUCGGUAUAUAAUGAUCCCACCACUCUGAUUCAGCUACCUAAGGCUCUAUAUCGUCAUCAUGAACAGCAACAGGUGCAGCAGAAUAUAUUGGAGGUCUUGUUUGAGACCUUCCGCCAGAAUAUGGACCUCCUUGAUCCCACUAAAUUCAAGCCAAAGAUACAAAUUGCGAAGAAGUUACUACACCAGUACCGAGGUCUGCCGCCGGUGGAUCAACUGGUGGCCACUGAUCUGCUGGUCCAAGAUCUUGACGACCUACUUAAAAUAGCUGCCAGCUUGGUGCAUACACAGCGUGACAUCUUUCUUUAUGAGGUCCUGGAAGACGUCCGCGAAGAAAUAAUGAAUAGAAAGCCCUCAACGCAGUUAAUCAAGUAUCUAAAGAUGGCAGAGCUUUUAAAGGAAGAGGAGGAGCAGCAAACCAGUGACAUGUUGGCUUUUUAAAAAAAUUUAAUUGUUUAAUGUGGGUAAUUUCAAGUUACCUACUUUCUAUUUUGUAUUUAAAAUUAAAAUUGCUAAUUGCA